UUACAACCCAGUUGCUUCUAUCCAGGCCAGGUCAGUUGGCAGACCGUAUCAUCCAUAUUCGAUUCAAUUUUAAAUCCAAUCCCCAUAAAUAUUCCUAUUUUGAAGUCUACCUACACCAUCUACUUCUGCUAAAAUGCCGGCAACAUACACCAGCAGCAUCGUCAUCACCGGCGGCACCCAAGGCGUAGGCUACCACUGCGCACUCUCCGUCGCCAAACAGUGCCCCAACGCCCUCAUCAUCAUCGCCUCCCGCACCGACCGAAACUCCGCCGCCGCCACAAUCAACAAAACUCUGAGCCAGACAAACGUCAAAUACCUCUUCCUGGACCUUUCCUCCCUUGUCGCCGUUCGCACAUUCGCCCAAAACUGGAAAAGCAGUAAUUAUCCUGCGAUCCAAGCUUUGGUAUUAAACGCAGGAUUGCAGUUCCCAGGGGAUGUACAGUAUAGUGUUGAUGGUAUCGAGAAGACGUUCGCAAUUAACCACGUCGGACACGCGCUGUUAUUCCAUCUACUAGCGCCUUUCCUGGCGCCCGAUGCGCGGAUCGUAGUAACAAGUUCCGGAACGCAUGAUCCCGCGCAGAAAACCCCCCUCCCAGAUGCGAAAUUCACGUCUGGGGAAGAACUCGCACAUCCGAGUGAUGAGAGUAAGAUGCAGAAUGAGGGAAGGCAGAGAUAUGCAACGAGUAAAUUGUGCAAUGUGCUUUGGACCUAUUCCCUCGCUUCCCGGUUCGAAGCUUCGACUCCGAAGUCUGGGAGAGCGGCAAUGGCUUUUGAUCCAGGACUUAUGCCUGGCACCGGGUUAGCCAGGGAAUAUAGUCCAGUGUUAAGGUUUAUUUGGUUGAAAAUCAUGCCGAGGAUUAUUCCGCUGCUGCGAGUAGUGGUGAGAACGAAAAAUGUUCACUCUGCAGAAGAGAGUGGACAGAAUCUUGCGUGGGUAGCGGUGGGAGAGGGGGGAAAGGGGAAGAAUGGGGUGUAUUUUGAGGGGAGGAAAGAGAUUAAGAGUUCGAAAGAAAGCUACGUGAAGGAGAAGCAGGAGGCGCUUUGGGGGUGGACAGUGGGGUUUUUGGGGGAGAGUGAGGAGGAGCAGAAGGCGUUUGAGAAAGUGGUGUAGAGGAUGGAUAGCGUGAAGGAGCU